CCUUGAAGGGGUUAUUUGUCUCAUCUGCAGGCAGCGAGGCAGCACAUAACUCAACAUGAGAUGCGAAUUCAACGGCACUCUGCUCACCAGCGUGCUCCCGCCACUGCUGAUGACAGAGUUUGUUUUGGGAGUCGUUGGCAAUGGUUUGGCUCUCUGGAUCUUCUGCUUCCACAUGAAGCCCUGGAAGAGCAGCACAGUGUUACUCUUCAACCUGGCAAUGGCUGAUUUCAUGCUGAUCGUGGCAUUGCCUUUCCGUGCAAGCUACUACUUCUCUGGGAUCAAGUGGCCGUUUGGAACCCCUCUGUGCAACAUCUGCCUCUUCAUGUUGGCCCUGAACCGCACUGGAAGCAGCAUCUUCCUCAUGGCCAUCGCUGUGGACAGGUACAUGCGAGUGGUGCACCCCCAUCACUCCAUCAACUCUCUGAGCAUCCCUAAAGCCAUGUGUGGAGCACUUGGACUGUGGCUGAUAACUUUCUCAAUGACAGUUAAUAUUUUUAGUCUGCAACACAUCAACACGACCUAUUGCGAGAGCUUCACGAUCAAGACUGAAGCCUCGCUCUAUCUGAACUGGCACACGUUUGUGUUUAUCUUCUCCUUCUACAUGCCUCUGCUUGUGAUUCUCUACUGCACGAUCCAGAUCAUCAGACACCUGAGACGGAGACAGUUGUCCCAGGAAGCAAAGAUUAAAAAGGCUCUUUGCUUCAUCGUAGUCGUGGCGGUGAUCUUCAUCGUUUGCUUCCUCCCGAGCAACAUCACGCAGCUGAUCAUUUGGAUCAAGACCCAGCAGUUAGCCGGAAACCUCUCGGGACCUGAAGUCUGCCAGGCGAUGGAUAACCUGACCACCGUGUUUUACCUCAGCAUCAGCCUGACGUAUCUCAACAGCGUGUUGGACCCUGUGGUUUACUACUUCUCGAGCCCUACCUUCAAGAACAUCUGCAGGAAAGCUCUGCAUCUGUCCCAAGUAGACUACCCUGAGAGUUCAGAGAAGAAAACUCGAGAGACAGGCUCCCAGUCGAUCAGCCAGCUGUGAUCACAACAUCCAGGAAACAUUGAGAUGGAUGCAGCUUAAAGUUUGACCAAAAGUGAUGAGAUCUUUUUAAAGUUUUCAUGUGAGUUCUGCAGCCAACCAGAUAUCUUUAACUUACCUUUCUUAUACAGCAGUUAUCCAGUAUGUGACUGCGCUUACAUUUUUUUAAUUGUCUUGCACACAUAUGGUAUUGUCAUUUUGUAAAGUUGUGUUGUGGUUUACUUUUUAAUAUAUUGAUGGCACAUUUGUAGUCAUUUUGCUAAACACAUAUUUUAUCCAACUUAUACAAAUACCAAACUAUGCCGUAUAAAGUCAAAAGUAAAACAUUUUGCUGUUGUUAUUA